UCCGGUUACCGAUGGUCUGCUAAAAGGUUUUUUCGAAUUAUGAACAAAUCUGACGUGAGAAAAGCUUCCAGUGACGAUAAACAAUGUGUAGUUUGUGGAAAUCAUUUCAUAGAAGUACGCCGAAUAGAAUCCAAGAGAAUAAAAGGGACAAGUCUUAGUACAUUGCUGUAUAAGUAUGGCGGAAUCGGCGUUCAGACGGGUUUUAUCUGCAGGGCCUGUUUUGUCAAAGUUGAUCGUCUUCAUCAACAGUGCUGUCAGUUUUACGACGAGUGUCAGAGAAAUGCUGUUACGACACUUUCAAAAACAAUUAACAAGUUGGAGAAUUAUUUACCAGUUCUAGUAACACCAAAGAAACGAAGGACGUGUUCAUCAUUGGGGUCGUCAGCGAGUGAUGUUUCAAUUGUUUGUCACGACGUCAUUGAUCAUGAUCAUGAUGCUACACAUUCAUCUGAUGUCAGUAAUGGAGAUACUGAUGUGAUUAAAGACAGCCCGGCCCCAUUUGAUGUUAAUGACCAGUGUAUGACCUCGGAUAAUGCUACUGAUGGUGGUACAGCCACGGUUGAUGAUGGUGGUACAGCCUCGGUUGAUGAUGGUGAUACAGCCUCGGUUGAUGAUGGUGGUACAGCCUCGGUUGAUGAUGGUGGUACAGACUUGGUUGAUGUUACUGAUGGUGGUACAUCCUCGGUUGAUGAUGCUGGUACAGCCUUGGUUGAUGUCAGCAAUGGUGAUGGAGCCACGGUUCAUGACAAUGAAGGUGAUGGUAAUGCAGGGUCUAUUGAUGUCAGUUAUGGUAGAAGAGCCUUGGUUGAUGGUGACAAUACUGAUGCGACAUGUCAGUCUUUGUUGGGUGAUGAUUUACAUGAUUCUGUUAUGAAUGGAUCCGGCAUCAAAAAUAAAAGCAGCUUUCUAUUUAAUCAAAAAGAGAAUUGCGUUUCCUUGUUCAAAGAUACAACCAAUAAUGAAGUGGAGCAAAGUCCUUCACUGGUCAAUACGUCAGCCAACAUUGAAAUGGACCAAAGACCAUCGACUAUCAACAGUACAACCCUUAUUAAAACAGAACAACCUGCUUCAGUGGCCAAAGUAACAACCACCAAUAAAAUGAAGAAAUCACCAGCAGUGGUAAAAGAUACAAUCAGCUCUGAGACUGAUCAUAAUACUUCAUUGGUAAAAAAUAAUAACAACAUGAAACAAAUAAAAAGUGUGAAUACUCUGUUCCAAGAUACAACCAAUAUUCGAACAAAUCAAACCAAAGACCUGACAGAUAUCCGUCAUGAGCAGUCAUUUGCGUGUACGUCGGAGGCAAACAGCAAUGGACCGUACGAGUGUAGACUGUGUUCCAUGACGUUUGUAAAUCUAACUGACAGGGAGGACCAUUUGUGGAAUCACAGCGCCAAAUAUUACUGCCCGUGUUGUAUUUGUGAUAAACUGCUCGCUAAGAAACGGGGACUGAAUGUAGAUGUUGCAGUGUGCACAAACCCCAGCCAGUACACGUGUGAACUGUGCCACAAUGACUGCAUCGUAGAAAGUGACUUGAAAAAGCACUUCACCAUCUAUUCCACGAAACAUGUCUGCAGCACCUGUGGGAAACGGUACGCAAACUGUCAGUACUUGAAAAAACACAUGGACACACACUUCGGUCCAAAACGCUUUGCGUGUGAACACUGUGGAAAGGCAUUUCACGUAGCAGCAUCUUUACGACAGCACUCGAAAGUGCAUACCGGAGAGCGACCCUACGUGUGUACGAAAUGCGGAAUGGCGUUCACCCAGUGUGGACAUUUUACUACACAUAUGCAGAUACAUUCAGGAAAGAAAGCCCACAAGUGUAACGAGUGUGAGAGGAGUUUCUAUAGGCCAGGGCAGUUAAAGUCGCACAAGAAGGUGCACGACGGAAGCGAGCCUCACGUGUGUAAAGUGUGUGCAAAGAGAUUUUUGGGACCGUCGAGUUUGAAAAGACAUAUGAGAGUUCACACUGGAGAAGAACCCUUUAAGUGCGAGGACUGUGGGAAAGGCUUUAAGGGUCGGUUUGAUUUAGUACGACAUGCACGCAUUCACAGUGGGCAAAAACCAUUUGAGUGUGAUGUCUGUAGACUAGAGUUUCGACUUUUGGCUGGUUUGAAAAAACACAAGAAAAAACACGCUACAUAACAAUGAAAUUAUGAUAUACUUUUGACUAAUAGCCAUACAUGUUCAUUUUGGUGUGAUCGUUGUUACUAAUAUCAUUUUGAAGUCUGGAUGGUUUUAGUAACACAAAAUAUUAAUUAUAAUGCCAAUUGAUAUAAUAUUUGACUUGUCAGGGUGUAAAAUCAUGCAUGUCUUUUAUACAGACAUCAAAAUAAACUCUGCUUCCAAGGAAAACCGGUGUGCAGGUUACCAUAAAUUACAUGACUGAUGACUGAUGACCAACAUGUAUAUAAGUUCUAAAGUUUACCAUUCUUAUCAUCUUUCAUUCAUAUAGGUAGUGCUGAUAUGUUGUUGUUUUUAUUCAUAUUGCUGUUCCAGGGUUCGAAAUGGGAAGUAAAAUAAUAAAUAUGG